UUGUAGUACUAACAAAAAAAAAAAAACCAUAAAACCCUAAAAAAAUAAAAAGACAACCAAACAAAGACUCAUUUAAGUUCUUCUUCUUUCUUCUUCUCUUCUCUCUCUACCAAAAAAAUGGGGAUUCUGGAAACCCUAAAUUUCCUCUUCCGAAUAUCUCCAUUGUUUCUCUGCCUCAUUCUCGCCGCCGCCGCCGACGAAUCCGCCGUAAUGUCAAAGCUUCUCUCCGUCGUAUCUCCGGCACCGAAGGGUUGGUCGUCCACCGCCGAUUACUGUUCCACCUGGGACGGCAUUAAGUGUAGUUCCGGCAAAGUCACCGCCAUUAAUUUAAGAGAUAUGUCUCUCACCGGAACUCUCCCUUCCGAUCUCGGUACUCUGUCUCAACUCACAACUCUGUCUCUUCAAGGGAAUCAUUUCAAAGGCUCUUUCCCAUCAAUGGCGAAUCUUUCUCUUCUUCAAUCAAUUUAUCUUGAUGGUAACAAUUUCACUUCAAUUCCAUCUGGGUGUUUUCAAGGACUGACAAAUUUGCAAACUUUGAGUAUCAGCACAAACAUAAACCUUGCUCCGUGGAGUUUUCCGGCAGAGCUGGUCGGAUCUUCUAGCUUGGUUACUUUAUAUGCCGGAAGUUGUAAUAUGUUUGGUACUAUUCCUGAUAUUUUUGGCUCAUUCCCAAAUUUACAAGAUGUGAGACUUUCUUACAAUAAUCUCACUGGGGUUUUACCUCCGAGUUUUGCUGGAUCUGUGAUUCGAAAUCUAUGGCUUAAUAAUCAACAAAUGGGGCUUUCUGGUACCAUUGAAGUGUUGGCUAAUAUGACUAGUUUGUAUCAGGUUUGGCUUCAUAAGAAUCUGUUCACUGGUCCAAUUCCAGACCUUUCGAAUUUGGACACAUUAUUUGAUCUUCAACUUCGUGAUAAUUUGUUAACAGGGAUUGUUCCCAAUAGCUUAUCUUCAAUUCCAAGCUUAAAGAACAUUACUUUGGCUAACAAUAAGUUGCAGGGUCCAAUGCCUUCGUUUCCUAAGUCUGUCACCAAUGUUGAGCUUGAUGGUACUAAUAGUUUCUGUAAGAGUACUCCUGGACCUUGUGAUCCUCAGGUUAUGGCUUUGCUUCAGGUUGCUGGGGAUUUGGGUUAUCCAACUGUGUUAGCAAAUUCAUGGAAAAACAAUGAUGCUUGUUCAGAUUGGAGUUUUGUUAUUUGUGAUUCUGAUGGGAAUGUUAUUACUGUGAAUUUUAAAAAGCAGGGGUUUUUGGGGAAGAUUUCACCUGCUUUUGCUAAUCUUACAUCUUUGAAGAAUUUGUACUUGAAUGAUAAUGGUUUGACUGGUUCAAUUCCUAGUAGUUUGACCCUUUUGCCUCAGCUUCAAGUUCUUGAUGUUUCUAAUAACAAUCUUACUGGUGAUAUUCCUAGUUUUCCACCAACGGUGAAGUUUACUACUACUGGUAAUGUUUUACUUGGGAAAACUCCGAGCUCGGAGAGUGGAGGGUCUUCUGGCUCUGGCUCUAGCAAUUCCACUGAUGGGAGCGCGAAUGGAACGGGGAAUGGUAAUCGGGUUUCGGCUGGUAUGAUUGCUGGUAUUGUAAUUGCUGUGAUUAUCUUUGUUCUUGUUGUAUUGUUUGUGUCCUAUAAAUGUUUUGUUAAGAAUAGGCAUAAGAAGUUUGGAAGGGUGGAAAAUCCUGAGAUUGGUAAAGAAAUGGGGAAGGCUAGUGUAAUGGGUAAUAAUGGUUAUAAUGGAAUUGCUAGUGAAUUGCAGAGCCAGAGUAGUGGUGAUCGGAAUGAUUUUCCGGUUUUUGAGGGUGGAAAUGUUUCCAUUUCGAUGCAAGUUCUUAGACAAGUGACGAAUAAUUUCAGUGAAGAUAAUAUUUUGGGGAGAGGCGGUUUCGGUGUUGUUUACAAAGGAGAGUUGCAUGAUGGGACUAAAAUUGCAGUGAAAAGGAUGGAGUCUAAUGCCAUGGGAACGAAAGGGAUGAACGAGUUUCAGGCCGAGAUUGCUGUUCUUACGAAAGUUAGGCAUAGACAUUUGGUUGCACUCUUGGGAUACUGCAUCAAUGGCCAUGAGAGGCUUUUGGUAUAUGAAUACAUGCCACAAGGAACAUUGACUCAACAUUUGUUUGAUUGGCAAGAGUAUGGGAUUUCUCCUCUUACAUGGAAGCAAAGGGUUACUAUAGCAUUGGAUGUGGCGCGAGGAGUGGAAUAUCUUCACAGUUUAGCUCAACAGAGUUUUAUCCAUAGAGAUUUAAAACCAUCAAACAUUCUUCUUGAUGAUUUGAUGAGAGCAAAGGUUGCUGAUUUCGGUUUGGUUAAGAAUGCCCCUGAUGGAAAAUACUCUUUGGAGACGAGAUUGGCUGGGACUUUCGGGUACCUUGCACCUGAGUAUGCUGCAACCGGUAGAGUGACAACGAAAGUAGAUGUUUAUGCAUUUGGUGUUGUUUUAAUGGAAAUCAUAACUGGUAGAAAAGCUCUAGAUGACACAGUGCCUGAUGAGAGGUCUCAUUUGGUGACAUGGUUCAGAAGAGUCCUAAUCAACAAGGAGAACAUUCCAAAGGCGAUUGAUCAAACUCUCGACCCCGAUGAGGAGACAAUGGAGAGCAUAUACAAAGUUGCUGAGUUAGCAGGACAUUGUACUGCUCGGGAACCAUACCAAAGACCCGACAUGGGACAUGCUGUCAACAUCUUAGGUCCUCUCGUCGAGCAAUGGAAACCUUCUUGCCAAGAAGACGAUGAAAACGACGGUAUUAACCUAAACAUGAGCCUUCCUCAAGCUUUACAAAGAUGGCAAGCCGAUGAAGGGACUUCCCGAAUGUUUGAUGACAUUUCCUUAUCACAAACUCAAUCUAGUAUUCCAUCGAAAUUCGCUGACUCAUUUCAAUCAACAGAUUGCCGGUGAUAAUCAUUUGACUCCCAAGUGAUUUGAUGAUUGAAUAUUGCAACUGUUUUUAUCUUAAAUUUUUCUUCUUCUGUAUUUAUUGCUUAGUUUUGUUCUUCACACAAUAUGUUUUCUUGUCCUAAAACCAGAUGAAAUAUGUAAAAAUUUACAGCUAUUGUUGAUUCUUUUGAGCUAACACAUUGUUUUUCUCAUUACCAAGAUACCUUAAUAUGGCCAAAAAAGGAAGAACAAAAGGGCCCCUAAAGGUGUGUUGUUGUUGUUCUCCUUUGAUAUUCUUUCAUUAUAUUAUUCUCCAAAUGUAUAAUAUUUCCUUUUUACUUUCUUAAUUAUAAUUUUUUUGUGAGACA